CCGCCCCCCGCACACAAACAAAAACCACCCACCCCCCAGUAAUAAAACAAGACAAAAAACCCAAAAGCAUCCCAAGAGAAUUAAUCCUGAAAAAAAAAAAAAAACAUAGAACUUUUUGCUUCUUCUUGUCUUGCCUUCUCCACACUCUACACACAACACAGAAGGUGAGAAAAUGAAGAAGAGGCAAUGGAGUUCUGUUCUUGGAUUAUUGGGCAUUUUUCUUCAGUUUUCUUUGCUGGCUGAAUCUUCAUUAACAAGAGAGAAAUUAUUUAAGAAAAAAAGCCAACUCGACCAACAGUCUUUUCCACCAGUGCAAUUGCUUACACUGGAUGAUUAUGUGGUGGUGAAUAAUGGCCUGUUCAAUAUCACUUUUUCUGUUCCUGGGGGAAUGGUCACUGGAAUACAAUACAAUGGGAUUGAUAAUUUAUUGGAAGAUGAAAACAAAGAUGAUAACAGAGGGUAUUGGGAUGUUGUUUGGAACAAACCAGCAGGAAAAGGGAUUUUUGACAAACUUUAUGCAACAGAUUUUAAGGUUAUUAUGGAAGAUGAAAAUCAAGUGGAGCUUUCAUUCACAAGGACUUGGGAUUCCUUAAAUGCCUCACAUCUUUCCAUGAAUAUUGACAAAAGGUUUAUAAUACUAAGAGGAAACUCUGGAUUUUACUGUUAUGGAAUUUUGGAACGCUUAGAAGGAUGGCCAGAUAUUGAUGUUUACCAAGGAAGAAUAGUCUUCAAGCUCAAGGAAAAAUUGUUCCAAUAUAUGGCAAUUUCAGAUGAAAGGCAAAGGAUCAUGCCAACAGCCCACGAUCGUGAAAUGGGCCAAAAACUUGAUUAUCCAGAGGCUGUUCUUCUUACUAACCCAACUAAUUCUUUCAUCAAAGGGGAGGUUGAUGAUAAAUAUCAGUACUCUUGUGAUAACAAGGAUAAUCGGGUCCAUGGAUGGAUAAGCCCAAAUCCACGAACUGGGUUUUGGAUGAUUACACCAACAGAUGAGUUCAGAACUGGUGGGCCUGUCAAACAAGACCUUACUUCUCAUACUGGCCCAGUAAACAUGAAUAUGUUCUUUAGUACACAUUAUGCUGGAGAAAUUUUGGGACUGAAAUUUAGAGACGGAGAGCCCUGGAGAAAGGUUUUUGGCCCUGUUUUUGUCUACAUAAACUCACUUUCAUCUGAUGAGGAAGACACUCUCACACUAUGGACUGAUGCAAAAGAACAGAUGUUCAUAGAAACUGAAAAUUGGCCAUAUAAUUUCCCUCUUUCGGAAGAUUUUGCUCGAGCUGAUCAACGGGGAACUGUAAGUGGCAGACUACUCGUCCGAGAUAGCUAUGUUAGCCAAAGUCUUAUUACUGCAAACUCAGCUUACAUCGGACUGGCUGCUCCUGGAGAUGUUGGAUCUUGGCAAACAGAAAACAAGGCUUAUCAAUUUUGGACUCAAGCAGAUAGUGAGGGCUAUUUCUUGAUCAAGAAUGUCAUUCCAGGGAACUAUAGUUUAUAUGCUUGGAUCCCUGGUUAUAUUGGAGAUUACAUGUAUGAUCCGUACAUCAUUGUCACACCAGGAUCAAGAAAAAGGGUAGAAACUCUUGUAUAUGAUGCUCCAAGAAAUGGUCCAACAUUGUGGGAAAUUGGAAUUCCUGAUAGAACUGCUGCUGAAUUCUUCAUCCCUAAUGCACAACCAACACUCUUAAACCAAUUAUAUGCUGCAAAUAAUGAAGAGAGGUUUAGGCAAUAUGGAUUAUGGGAUAGGUAUACAGAGGUUUACCCUGAUAAUGAUUUGGUUUAUAUUGUUGGAUCAAGCAACUAUCAAACAGAUUGGUUCUUUGCUCAUGUCAAUAGAUAUAUUAUCAAUGAAGAUGGAAACAAGAGUUAUGUACCAACAACAUGGCAAGUUCAAUUUGAUCUUGAAGAUGUUGACCAAUCAUCAAAUUAUACUCUUCAACUAGCAUUAGCCUCAGCACAUGAAGCUGAAUUGCAAGUUCAAUUCAAUGAUCCAGACACAGAUGCUCCUCAUUAUACGACAGGGUUGAUAGGCAAGGAUAACGCGAUAGCAAGACAUGGUAUUCAUGGAUUAUACAGGCUAUAUACUAUAAAUGUUCCGGGCUCUCUCCUUGUUUUUGGAAACAAUGUUAUGUAUCUCAAGCAAACUAGGAGUGACGAGCCUUUUAGAGGAAUCAUGUAUGAUUAUAUUCGACUUGAAGGACCUCCAGAAAGCAAUUGAUUAAUCGACCUAAGUUAUCGAGCUUAAACUUUUAGAUGACGUCAAUUAUGGGGUUAAAUUAUACAUGUUGAUAGAUUUUGAAGGAUCUAGAAGAUAGUCAAGAAAAAUUGAAGUUGAUCUUAUAGACUCUUUCUUGGAUGUAAGUGUAGGUAAUUAGCUGUUGAUGGUUGUUUUAAUCGAGAAAAGUGCCUGAAAAUUUUAUGAUA